GCUUAAGCUGAUGAUCGUUGAUUCUAAAAGGCUGUGCUAACAGUACUGAAUAUAGGAUUUUUUUGCAAUAUGUAUCUAACGUAGAACAAACAUUGUAACUGAAAAUAACCCAGCAUACAUUUAUCUUUGAAUCUGCGCUCCAGUAAACGAUGACAAUGGAAGCUGGAGGACAAAGGCGCGGACGGGAGUACUGGUGGACAGCUCUGUGUUUCUCUUUACUGCUAAGAAUCGAACCGCGGGUUUCAGCUCAGAUCAGAUAUUCUGUUCCAGAGGAAAUGAAGGAAGGAUCUGUCGUAGGAAAUAUUGCUAAGGAUUUGGGUCUUGAUGUAAGUUCACUGGUGGACAAACGCGUUCGUAUUGUUUCUGGAUUAAAUGACGCAUUCUUUCAGCUAAACCAACAAAAUGGCAUCUUGUAUGUGGAUAAGCAUAUCGACAGGGAAGAUAUAUGUGAUGGAAAUAGCGCCUGCGUGAUAAAUUUGAAAGUAGUCGUCGAAAAACCGCUCGAGGUCCAUUAUGUGGAAGUUGAAAUAACAGAUGUGAAUGAUCACUCCCCGUCUUUCAGCGAUAAAGACUUCUCUCUGGAGGUUUCAGAAAACACAGUAACCGGAACACGAUUUGAGCUUCAAACUGCUAGAGAUUUGGACGCCGGUGUUAAUUCAGUUCGGUUUUACCAGCUGAGUAAAAAUGAGCAUUUUGAUCUGGAAAUGAAAGAUAGUGUGUACGGAGAUAAAAAUCCUUUCUUAGUAUUACAAAAAUCAUUAGACAGAGAAACUGCUGAAAUACACAGGUUACUAUUAACUGCAACAGACGGUGGAAAUCCACCAAAAUCAGGCGUUCUUAAUAUAACUGUUUUCGUUUUGGAUGUAAACGAUAACCGUCCAAUUUGUAAUAGUGAUGCUUUCACUAUAACUUUGCGAGAAAAUGCAAUUAUUGACACUGUGGUAACCAUUAUAAACGCAAGUGAUGCUGAUAGUGGAGUGAAUGGUGAAGUUGAAUAUACAUACGGUAGAAACAUGAAACCUAAAAUACGGGAGAUAUUUCAAUUAGAUCGGAUGACUGGUAAAAUACUUGUUAAAGGCCUGAUUGACUUCGAAGAAAAUGAUAUUUACAGUCUGAUGAUAAGGGCAUCGGACAAGGGCAUUCCUCCUCUGAGCACCGACUGUCAGCUUAUCAUUAAAGUGGAAGAUGUGAAUGACAAUAAGCCAGAAAUACAAGUAACAUCUCUUUCAAAUGUAGUUUCGGAGGAUGCAAAAAUUGGAACGGUUAUUUCUCUUAUAAGCGUGAGUGAUAAAGAUUCUGGAAUUAAUGGUAAAGUUGUAUGUACCCUUUUUGACAAUGUGCCAUUUGAGUUAAAACAGUCUGUUCAGGAUAAUAUGUAUUCUCUUGUAACGAAAGAACGCUUAGAUCGUGAGCGAGUGUUUGAAUAUGAUAUUAAAAUCAUGGCAACAGAUUUAGGCAACCCUUCUCUUUCAGCCUAUAAAACUAUGCUUGUACAGGUGUCAGACGUAAAUGACAACUUCCCAGAAUUUUUUACAAAUCCUCUCGAGCUAUACAUGUCAGAAAACAAUGCUCCAGGCGCGUCUAUAUUUUUCGUCAGUGCCUUCGACAAAGAUCUUAAUGAAAAUGCUGCCAUAGCAUAUCAGAUUAUUAGAGGUGGAGGGACGCAGAAUGACAUGGCAUCUGUUCUAAACAUAAAUUCUGAAACUGGCGUAAUUUAUGCACUCAAGACCUUUGACUUUGAAAUUAUAAAAAAGUUUCAGUUUCACGUGCUCGCUACAGACUCUGGAUCUCCAUCUCUGAGCAGUAAUGUGACAGUGAAUGUGUUUAUUCUGGAUCAGAACGACAACGUCCCAGUGAUCUUAUAUCCAGUGAGCGCUAACGGUUCUGCUCAGGGUGUGGAGGAGAUUCCACGCAAUGUGAACGCAGGUCAUUUAGUGACUAAAAUCAGAGCCUAUGACGCCGAUAUCGGAUACAACGGCUGGUUAUUAUUUUCACUGCAAGAAGUUAGUGAUCACAGUCUGUUUGGUUUGGACCGCUAUACAGGACAGAUAAGAACCCUUCGCUCAUUCACAGAAACAGACGAGGCCCAGCAUAAACUGGUCAUACUGGUGAAAGACAAUGGGAACGUUUCUCUCUCAGCAACAGCGACUGUGAUUGUGAAAGUUGUGGAGCCCAAAGAGGCUUUUGCAGCUUCUGAUGUUACAAACGCAGUGAAAGACGAGGAGGAAAACAACGUGACGUUUUAUUUGAUCAUCACAUUGGGCUCUGUGUCAGUGCUUUUUAUCAUCAGUAUCAUCGUGUUGAUUGCAAUGCAGUGCUCUAAAUCUUCAGACUAUUCGUCUAAGUAUCUACAAGAUGUGAAUUACGACGGGACUCUGUGUCACAGCAUUCAGUACAGAUCUGGAGACAAACGGUACAUGCUAGUUGGACCCAGAAUGAGUGUCGGUUCUACUCUAGCACCUGGCAGUAAUAGGAAUACUCUAGUGAUACCAGAUCGCAGGAGGAGAGAUUCUGGAGAGGUAAGAAUUAAUUUUAAAAUAAAGUUUUCUUUAUUAUCUUGCAACAGUUUUCUGAUGUGUUGCUUGCUUGACAUUAUAUAG